UCCAAUUCAGGGAUGUUGAUAAGAAUUGGGGUGAUUCUGUUAAUUGGGCUUGUGGCAUGGGCAUAUCAAGCCACCCGCCCUCCACCUCCCAGCAUUUGUGGCUCCCCUGGUCGCCCACCUGUAACAGCACCUAGAAUAAAGCUCAGGGAUGGAAGGCAUCAGGCCUACAAGGACCAUGGAGUGUCUAAAGAAGCUGCUAACUAUAACAUUAUCUUUAUUCACGGCUUCGGCUCUUGUAGACAUGAUCCAGUGAUUACAACAAACCUCCCUCAAGAAAUUGUUGAAGAACUAGGACUCUACAUUGUGUCGUUUGACAGACCGGGUUAUGGAGAAAGUGAUCCAGAUCCAAAACGAUCGGCGAAAAGUUUGGCUUUAGAUGUAGAAGAGCUUGCUGAUCAAUUCGGACUUGGAUCCAAAUUUUAUGUAAUCGGGUUUUCAAUGGGCGGUCAGGUGGUUUGGGGCUGCCUCAAGUAUAUUCCUCAUAGGUUAGCAGGAGCAACAUUAAUAGCUCCGGUUGUCAACUACUGGUGGAAAGGAUUUCCUGCCAACUUGUCUUCAGACGCCUACUACAAACAACAACCUCAAGACCAGUGGAGCCUACGUGUUGCUCACUUUGUAUCAUGGCUAACCUUCUGGUGGAACACUCAGAAGUGGUUUCCUGCAGCCAGUGUUGUAGCCAAUAAGCCUGAAAAUAUCUUCUCUCGCCAAGAUUAUGAAAUAGUUUCCAAGCUUGCUGGGAGAGAGAUGCACGUGCACCACCAGGUACUUCAUUUUCUUUACUUAUACUCUGCUAAAAGGGGUCUCUAUGAGUAUCAGAUCAACAUGCAUAACCAGAAUUUCGUUUCCCCCCAGCAGGCACAGGUGAAGCAGCAAGGAGAGUUUGAGUCCAUCCAUCGUGACUUGAUGGUUGGAUUUGGGAGUUGGAAAUUCACUCCGCUGGAUUUUCAGAACCCUUUUCCAAAUAAUGAAGGUUCAGUUCAUCUAUGGCAAGGCGAUGAAGAUAAGCUUGUGCCAAUUAUGCUGCAACGCUAUAUAGCCAGAAAACUUUCAUGGAUUCAAUACCAUGAGUUACCAGGUGCUGGACACUUGUUUCCACUCGCUGUUGGGAUGAGCGAAGCUAUUAGAAAGGCACUUUUACUUGGGCAGAAGUAGCCUUUUUUUUGUGUUCCUUAUCAUUCUCUUUUUUCACCC